CGACAUCAAACCUUCUACACGUGUUGGCAUCUCGCCACGUGACACCAGGGCUAAGAUGCCGGUGUGUGGUGUCCCUGACAAUCUCUAUGUGGGCCGACAGUACACUUCGGUUGGCGACCUUCGAAGUAUGCUCAAGGAGGCUUCGGCCGCAAAAUUUGAUUUCGUGGUGGUGGAUUUGUUCAAGCGCCCGGACACCAUCCCAAGCGAUGGCAAGUACACCUUGCAACCCUCCACGGUCUCAGAUUUGGCACUGGACAGUAAAACCUGGAGCUCGGCGGUGAUCGGCAACCUCUCGGAUUGGAUCCAGAUGGAGACGCCGGCGCAGCAAAGCUACGGCCUCCAAGCCUUGGAACAGGAGCUGUCCUGGGCCUCACACCUGGGUGUCUAUGGCAUCGUCCUUCCGCCGCCGACCAGCCAGUGCGAGCUCUACGCCGCUGCGUUGAGUCGGAUUGGGCUUAGCAGCAUUUGCACCACUCAGCUGAUGGUGCGUAUUCCAUUGCUACGCCAAGAGGAUGGUGUGGAGGUGGAUGGUUGGAACUCUUGGAACCAGCUGCGCUUGCUGUGCGAUCAGAAUCCACGGCUGCAGGUGUGUCUGGAGUUCUCUGCCGAUCUGCCGGAAACGGAUCAAGAACUCAUGAGAUGGCUUGGGGAACCAGUGCGCUCCGUGAUCAUCCCCUCGGACGCCUUCCUCACCAACAAGCAGGGCUUUCCGGUCCUUUCGAAGAGACACAAGGCUUUCUUGAUGCAACUCUUUAGGAACAAAGUUCAGGUGAUUCUGCAGGGCCUCCCUGAGAACGUCAAAGAGACGGAGACGGAGAAGUACCUGCACUACGUGGCACGGCUCUUCCAAUCGCGUCCCGCGCCCACGGCGCAGGAAACGUUUGAACAACCGUACCACGACUACCUGCAGGCACCUCUGCAACCCCUGCAGGAUAAUCUGGAAUCUCAGACGUACGAGACCUUUGAGAAAGAUCCCGUGAAGUACGUGCAGUACGAGGAAGCGAUCCACAGAUGUUUGCAGGACAAACUGGCAGCUGGCAAAAAGCAGCUGGUCGCCAUGGUUGUUGGAGCCGGACGAGGGCCGCUGGUGGUCGCAGUCCGAAGCGCUGCGGUACGUGCAGGUGCUGAUGUGAAGAUUUGGGCUGUCGAGAAGAAUCCCAACGCAGUGGUGACCUUGAGGCAUCGCUGUGUGGUCGAGGAUUGGAGGAAUGUGGAGGUUAUCGAGAAGGACAUGCGCUUUUGGGAUGCUCCGCGAAAGGCGGAUCUCAUCGUCUCAGAGCUCUUGGGUUCCUUUGCAGACAACGAGUUGAGCCCCGAGUGCUUGGACGGGGCACAGCGUUUCCUUGAACCUGAUGGUGCGUGUAUCCCAUCGAAGUACACCUCCUUUCUCACGCCAGUGACCACGCACAAGCUGUGGAACGACGUGAAAAAUUACAAUGACCUGGCUCACUUUGAAACUGCGUAUGUGGUGAAAUUUCACCAGGCCUUCUACCCCACUUCUCAGAUCGAGAAGUGCUUCGAGUUUUCACAUCCCAAUUGGGAGUUGACCAGCAAUGAUCGGUACGCACAGAUUGAGUUUACCUCUGAGGUGGAUGCACUGGUUCAUGGCUUCGCGGGCUACUUCCACUGCGAGCUCUAUGCAGGAUUAAGUGUGUCCAUCAAUCCGGAGAGCUACUCUGAAGGAAUGUUUUCAUGGUUUCCCAUUUACUUUCCGUUGCGCACCCCGGUGAACCUGAAAUCGGGACAGAAACUCACGAGCCACUGGUGGCGCUGCAGCAAUGACCGGAAGGCCUUACGUAAUAGCCAUUGGAAUCCCAUGGAAGGUGUGGUACGAGUGGGCCGUCACCGCCCCAACCCCUCAGCCUAUCCACAACCCGGGUGGCAGAUCGUACUCUGUGGGAAAGUAGCCACAAGGCUGUGGACCUGCCCGGCCUUCAAUGGCCCCCUUUUUUCGCCGUGGUGGCAGCAACAUUGACUACAGCGCGGAGUGGCUGUAGUUCUUUAAAGCGGGG